GGCAGCACUAUUCAAUGUUGUCAUUUGUUGAUAAUUUCAUGCCCGUUUUUUUCAAAAAAAACAAAAAUGUCCGAUGAUAAUUGUAAAUUUUUUCUUAAACGAACUACAAAUCGAAGUGUUCGUACAAGACUGACAAAAACUUCGAGCAGUAAUUCAAGCGAUUCGGACAGUGAUGAAGAAUCAAGUGUCAUUAUUAGUGAUCGAAAAAAACGAAAACCAAAUCCAAUGAUUCAAUCAACAUGUUCGUUUAGGAAAUCUUUGAAAAAUAAGAACAAAAAAAUUUCUCAUGAAGAUAGUGACGAUGAUGAUGAUGAUAAUGAUGCAAUACAUGUAAGUUAUGCAUCAAGUAAAUCUGGUCAACGUGAUGGUCCAUCCGAUAUGGGUGCAACAAUGACAUUGGAAACCGAAACCGAACGUGAUAAAGAUGCACAAAGUAUAUUUGAACGAUCACGUAAGAUACAGGAAGAAACAAUGGAUCCUAACAAUGAUGAACAAAUCUAUCGUGGUGCUAAUAACUAUCAACAAUAUAAACAGAAAAAAGAUACGCCAUUCGGUAAUGCAUCAUCGGGACAUGUUCGAAAAGGUCCAAUGCGUGCACCGGAUAAUAUUCGUUCAACUGUUCGUUGGGAUUAUCAACCAGAUAUCUGUAAAGAUUAUAAAGAAACAGGAUUUUGUGGUUUUGGUGAUUCAUGUAAAUUUUUACAUGAUCGUUCGGAUUAUAAAGCUGGUUGGCAGCUAGAACUUGAAACAUCAACCAAAGGUCAAAAACAUAAACAUGGUCAUGAAAACGAAGAUGAUGAUAAUGACGAUGAUCCGGAUAAAUAUAAAAUCGAUGAUGAUGAUGAUUUACCUUUCGCAUGUUUUAUAUGUCGUAAUCGUUUCGUUAAUCCAGUGGCAACAAAAUGUAAACAUUAUUUUUGUCAACAAUGUGCAUUGGAUCAUUAUAAAAAAUCGACGAAAUGUUUUGUUUGUGGUGCACAAACAAGCGGUGUAUUUAAUAUUGCUAAAGAUAUUGAAAAACGAAUGAAAACAAGCGAACAAUUUGAACAACAAAAAGACGAAUCGGACGAAAAAGAUUCUGAACCAGAUGAUCAACAGGAUGGCCAACCAUCGAAUGAUGACGACGACGACGAUAACGAAAAUAUUUAAAAUGGCCAUACAUACGACCAAUAACUACGUC